AGCAUCACAGCCAUUCCGAUGUGUGCGAGACCAACACCACAGAAGGGGCACUGUCAGGGGUGAGGACAGGAAACGGAAGUGGCUCUCAGAGGACGUUUAAGUCUUGUUGGCGCGCGGCGCUAAAGCGAGUGCACGAGGUUUUAAGGCGUGACAGUCAUCAGUGAUUUUGAGGAUUUCUUGCUGUCUCUGUGGAGCUGUUGAGGUUUCUCCUUACUGGAGGCUGCGGGAUCUUCCAUUCAUUCUGACCGCAGUCCAUAUACCGACUCCCCUCCAGCUUUGGAAGGUGGGCUGAGACCCAGGGUGAACAUGUCAGCUAAUAGGAAAUCACCCCAGAGGCUCCCUGCUCUGGUUCCAGGACUGCCUGGCAGAUCAUUUGAGGGAUCUGUGUCAUUUGAGGACGUGGCUGUGGAUUUUACCCGACAGGAAUGGCACAGACUGGACCCCGCUCAGAGGACCAUGCAUAAGGAUGUCAUGUUGGAGAACUACAGCAACCUGGCAUCUGUGGCUCACGAAGAUGCACCUUCCUCCUCCAUCAGAGGCCCUAAGCUCAGACAACUGGGCCCAUGUCCUGUGCCAUUUCCCAUUAACAGGCCUCUGCGUGGCCAAACCAGAGAUGAUCUUCAAAUUGGAGCGAGGGGAAGAGCUGUGGAUAUUAGAGGAGGAAUCGCCAGGCCCUGGUUACCCAGGAUCUCUCUCACUGCUGUGUGACAACAGUUCUGUUGGGGGUAAUGCCCUCGGGCAUGAUAAUGACCUCCGGCAUCAGAAGAUUCAAACUUUGGACCAAGCUGUUGAAUAUAAUGGUUACGGGAAAAUCUUCUACAAGAAAACAGGCUUUGUUGGUCCUAAAAAGGCACACACAGGGGUAAAAAACUUUGGAUGUCACGAAUGUGGGAAAGCUUACUGCCGGAAAUCAAACCUUAUUGAACAUCUGAGAAUACACACCGGGGAGAGACCUUAUGAAUGCGCAGAUUGUGCAAAGACCUUCAGUGCAAGGUCAUACCUCAUCGCUCAUCAGAAAACUCACACAGGGGAGAAGCCCUUUGAGUGUAACGAAUGUAGGAAAUCUUUCGGCAGGAAGUCACAACUCCUUCUCCAUCAGAGAACGCACACAGGAGAGAGACCUUAUGAAUGUCCCGAAUGUGGGAAAACCUUUUCUGAGAAGGCAACCCUCAUGAUUCACCAGAGAACUCACACAGGAGAGAAGCCCUACGGGUGUAGUGAAUGUGGAAAGACAUUUCGAGUUAAGAUAUCCCUUACCCAGCACCAGAGAACUCACACAGGGGAGAAACCAUACGAAUGUGGGGACUGUGGGAAGAACUUCCGUGCAAAGAAAUCCCUAAACCAACAUCAAAGAAUUCACACAGGUGAGAAACCCUAUAAAUGUGGUGAAUGCGGGAAAUUCUUCAGAAUGAAAAUGACUCUCAAUAAUCAUCAGAGGACUCACACAGGUGAAAAACCCUAUCAGUGCAAUGACUGUGGGAAAUCUUUCAGGGUACACUCAUCUCUUGGGAUACAUCAGCGAAUUCACACAGGAGAGAAACCUUAUGAGUGUAAGAAAUGUGGUAACGCCUUCUACGUAAAAGCACGCCUCAUUGAACACCAGAGGAUGCAUUCAGGAGAGAAGCCCUAUGAAUGUAGCGAAUGCGGAAAAAUCUUCAGUAUGAAGAAAUCCCUUUGUCAACACCAGAGAACUCACACCGGAGAGAAACCCUACGAAUGUAGCGAAUGCGGAAAUGCCUUCUACGUGAAAGUGCGCCUCAUCGAACAUCAGCGAAUUCACACAGGAGAGAGACCCUUUGAGUGUCGGGAAUGUGGGAAAGCCUUUUGCCGGAAAGCACACCUCACAGAACAUCAGAGAACCCACGUAGGCCGGCCCUUGCCUUGUACAAUGGAGAAAGCUUCUUUGUGAAGACUCCCAUCACCAUUUGAUCAAGCCCUUUGGGUCAUCUGGUCACCCUGCACCCAAAGUACACCUGUAACAGUUUGGCUCCUACUGGUGUGAAAAUACAUCCCAGUUCCUGUUGGGGGAUAGUUCAUUGUCAUUUUCAUUUCAUUCGGAUUUCCCAUUUCCCUAUGGUAUGGUGGCAUAGCUUCUUGUCUGCUGAUUGGCCAUUUCAGUUUUUUCUUUUGUGCACUGACAGUGCUCUAUCAUUUGCUCAUUGUUUUUAAUGAGCAAAGAGUUUGUUUUUAAUUGUUUUAAUUGUUUUUAAUGAGCUUCUCUUUUACUUCUUGGCUUAAGUGUCCAUUGGCUUUGUUUUUUACUAUAUGAGAAUAUAAAAAUCUUUUUUCAGUUAUGUGUGUUACAGAUAUGUCCUCACGAACUGUACCUGGUUGUUUAAUUUUAAGUCUUCUGCUGAGGUUUUAUGUUGGAAUAUGGAUCAGAUUCAGGGUGGUAAUAUUCUCCUAUUCUUUCUUCUAAAGUUAAGGUUUUCCUUUCAACAUUGAGAAUUUGUCAUCUACCCUGAGAAUUUUUGUGUGUAUAGUGUGAACUGUACAAUAUAUAAUACCCUAUUGCUUUUAAAAACUUUACAUGAAUGGUAUCACACAGUGUUGAAAGUUCUGCAGCUUGCUCCUUUCAUGAAAUGUUACCUUUCCAGGGUCUGUCCACACGGAUAAAUAUAGGUCUGGUCCAUUCAUUUCUCUCUGCAUUCUCUUGGUGCAAGACAUUUGUAUCGUAUCUGUGUUUGGUGUCUAAAUCUAAAAACGGAACUGAUGGGUCAUAGAGUGUAGGCAGUGUUUAAGUGAUUCAGCUCUUGUGCCCUCGCUCUAACAUCCCCCUUCUACACUGUGCUUUGUGGUGCUUGGGCUGUGACUCUACAAAACAUGUUUCUGUCUUGCCAUGUUCUUCCUGUUGAGUCUUCCCAAUAAGAGAUACUAAAUAUAAACUUUGAGGGUGAGGAAGGAAGAAGGGACAUGCUCUUUUUUUUCCCCUUCCUGUUAGCUCCCUGUUCAUCUGAGUGUCAGCCCAGUGUUACUUCUUCCCUUGGCCAGCAGCAGUUCCUCCCGGUGGUGGUAGUUUAAUCCAGGUUGUAGAUUUCCAUCACCCAUGGAACCCCCUACGUACAGUACGCCUCCCACCCCCUCAGAGACGCUGGCAGCCGCUGGCCAGUGCCACCUCCCUAGAGGUGUGAGUCCCACCCACAUGACAUUACUUCUCCAACUUUUCAAUUCCAGUUUCUUCCCUUGUUACCUUAGCCCAGCUGCUUCCUGUAGUUGCUAUCGCCACGAUAAUUUUAAUGUUCCCUAUUUUUUCAGUUACAUGGUUAGUAACUCUGCGACUAGCUAAAAAGUCUUUAUAAUAAGCUCUUUUCAUUAAAAAAUAACUGGUAUUGUUUCUGUCCCCUAGCUAGGUUCUUCAGAUUGAUGCAGAAGUUUUUCAACUUUGUUAAAUAAUUGGAUUUUUCCCCUUCUAGGUUGUACUAACUUACAUUCUCAUGAGCAGUUUGAGAUGAAGUUUACAUUUUCCCACGUAUUCACCAGGACUUAUUAGCAGUCUUUCAAACUGUGGCCAGUCUGAAAGGUGUAAAAUGGCUUGAAGCUGUUGUAUUCAUGAAUAUGGUUUGUCUUUUUAUUUUUUAAGUCGCCUUUUUGACCUUUGAUAGUAUUUUAUGGUUUUCCCCAAGAAAUUAUCUUUUAAAGCUAAUUUUUAAUAGAAACUUUGCUCAUAUAGCUGUAUGUACAUAUAUAUUUUAAAAUGUAAUAGUGUAUUAUGGGGUUUAUAUAUUUAUAUGUAAUAUAUGUAUAUAUUAUAUAUAUGUGUAUAUAUAUAUACACACACACACAAACAUAUACACACAUACACAGAUACAGUCAUGUAUCCCCACAAAACAUUUUUGUUUCAUAUGUUCAUUUCAUUUUACCCACUUGUUUGCCAUCUUGGUUGCUCUUCAUUCCUUUCUGCAUUCCAUCCGGGAUCAUUUUCUUCUUUGCCUGAAAAAUACCCUUUAGUGGAGGUUUGUUAGUGUAUACCCAAACCUCUCAACUUGGAAAAUGUGUUCUUUUUUUUUUUUUUUUGGUAAAGCUUAUCUUUUUCUUUUUCUUUCUUUUUUAAGUAAGCUCUAGGCCCACUAUGGGACUCCAGCUCAUGAUCCCAAGGUCAAGAGUCAUAUGCUCUACCAACUGAACCAGCCAGGCACCCUGGAAAUGUUUUCUAAUGCACCAUUUUGAUCCACAAAAGUUAAUCCUUUGCCAUUAGUAUUUUGUAGCACUAUGCUAUAGUAAAUUGAUGCUAAAUUAAGUACAUGUUUUUGUUUUGUUUCCUGGAUGUUUCAUAAUAAAUAUGAAGACCUAGGAUAUUUGGAUUAAUCAUCAGAUGCCUCCAAAUACAGCAUACACGUGAAUGUGUAUAUUAUACUUUAUGCAUUUUUUAAACAGCAUUCCCUAACCCUCAUUUACUGAGUAUUAAUUACAUUUAUCAAGAUGUUAUCUUAUUUAU